CGGUUUGGUCCGGUCAGCCGCCUUGGUUCGGUUCGGUUCGGCUCGGCUCGGUUCGACUCGGUUCGGCUCGGCUCGAAGGGCAGAGAAGAAGAGGAGGAAGAGAAAGAAGUUGAGGGUACUGUGGCGAUCAACGACCAGGAGGAUCACCCUAGUCGUCAGCUGGUCCCGGCAUGCACCGCUACCGGUGGCGGAAGAGAAAACGAGGACGGACAGACGGACGGACUGACAACGCUAUGCUGCUGUGCGCCUCUGCAACGAGAGUUGCUCGCUCGAAUAGGAAUGGAGGAGAAUGACGCGACGAUUACGACGACAAACACGGCGAUAGCGGGGGCGAAAGCGGUGCGGUGCGUGCUUGCGAGAAAGUAUUGCUACUUCGGCUAA